GAGCUCACAGCUCGGGAAUUUUCCCCGCUCAGAGAGAUUCAUCUCAUCUCGCCCACAGCAUCAGCACCAGCGGAGGAUGCGCGUCGCUGAAUAAUCAUUAAACAUUACCGAUUAUACUGAGCUGUUUAUUUAGGUUUUGUCAUAGGACAGAGAUUGCAGUCGCAGGUUCACCUCUCUGUGGGACGGGGGAAUGUUAAACCCCGGAUCCCCGGACCGUUGUGCUGUUCGUAAGGAUGCGAUCACUGAGCCGACCGUGGGCCUUGAUUCUCGCCGAGCUUUUCUUCAUGACAACAGUUGCUGUUAGCGCUACAAUGGCAGUUGUUGGACAUUGUCCCCGGAGUCUAGACUGUGCCCGGGAGCGACGGCACUUCUGCCAGCCCGGCUCCUCACACUGCGGCCCGUGCCUUGACCCAUUUGUGGAAAACAAACGAGGGAAAUGUGUGGUCAGGAGACGAAAUCACCCUGCAGCCAAGGUCAACAAUCUCCCAGAGCUGGAUGAGGAGAUAGACAUUCUAUCAUCUAUCAUCACCAAACACAGAGAAUCAGAGAUGAAGCACUCAGCCCCCUCUUCGGCUGUCCCCAUAAAAGUCACUGAGGAUCAUUCAUGGGCAAACAGUUUACACAGAGCAGAACCUUCUGUUACCUCUGUUACACCAGAAAAGCCUCAGACCAGCGAUUUGACCACCUCCUCAUCUACCACCAGCCCAACCUCACACGCUUCCAUCAUCUCUGCUGUACACAGCGCUCCCUUUAUAGUCCCAUACCCGUCUGAGGACCACUCCUUUAUCGUUUUUUUGGGUGUGUUUCUCAUGGUGGGUUCAGUGGCCAUGGUCUUGACCGGUGUAUGUUGGGUCAGAUUCCAGAGAGGAAAUCGUCUGGCCCAGAAGGCUGAUUAUUCUGCUUUUGGGUUAAUAGGUUCCCAUCCUAAUGAUGGUGCCAUGCCUGGAGAUAAGACACUUGCUCAGAGUGCCCAGAUGUACCACUUUCAUCUUCAGAAACAGCAGAUGAUAUCACUCAAACAGAGGAAUCAGAUUCCAGAGUCAGGAGCCACUACGGAUGAGGAAACUGAGGAUGGAGACUUUACUGUGUACGAGUGCCCUGGACUUGCCCCAACUGGCGAGAUGGAAGUGAAGAAUCCACUGUUUGAUGACUCCACCUUUCAUCUCAACCUGCAGAGAAGUUACAACUAAACACAAGGACUGAGAGGACGCAUGACCCCAGAUCACUUCAUAUACAAACACGUACCAACACACGCACGUCCAUGACAUUUUCAAAGAUGCACUUAAUGUAUUGGAUUCAUUCAGGCAUUGGUAGCCAUGCAGUGGUAAAGACCCUUUAUCCAUUGAAUGCAAUUGAUUUGAUGAAUUGUUGUACGGCCGUGCAAGAUACAUGUGACCAUCUCAUUAGCUUUGCAACACAGAUAUAGCAUCACUGGCCUGUUUAUUCACACACAGGCACAUAGAUGGUUCAUGAAUUUUUCUAUGAAGCAAACCAUCCUUUUUAACGACGAGCCCAGAUGUGUGAAAAUAUUUAUUGCAUGGACUAAAACCUAGUUCGUGUCUCCUUUGUUUCUUUACGCAUACUGGAAAACCCUGUUUGAUAGUAAUAUCUUCUAUACACAUGCAUCAAGGGAUGCAUAUACUUACAAAGCUUGAACAAGCUUGAACUAUCAAUGCUCUUAAAACCAGCCUGACGCUCGUAUAACAUCAGAUCAUCACGACUUCAUCUGUACUAUAUUGUGAAUACUGUGCAAUGGAAAGGGAACGUAUUUAUAGAAUUGUUUAGACAUACUGUAUCUUGCCUGCAAAUGCUAUUCAUAUAUCUAUGGAUGUGAAUGAUGCCCAUUUGAUUUACAUGAGUAACAAAAGACAUUCAGGAGCAACAUAGAUGAUACGUUUAGCGUAUUUAACCCUAUCUUCUACCAAAAUUGUCUGUGACUGUAUUUUUUAAAAUGGUGAUUUUAAUAUUUUUUUAUAAUUGUGCUCAUAAGAAUAACCCUAAAUGAUAUUAUGUAGCCUCUGUAUAAUCAAAAUGGUCCUACUAUGCAUGAUUUAAGACUGUAUUAUAAUGAAGACACUGCUGGUUCACACAAAAAUACAUGGACUGUAUGCCGAUAUGUAUCAUUCAAAAUGUUUGUUAUAUAUUUUCUUUUUUAUCAAACCUGACCUGUCCCCGGCUAGCAUUGUAAAGCGCUGUAUAUAACUGGUAUUGUGUACAGGGCAGGCCAGGAUUCAUUGGUCUGUGUACAGUAACUCCGGUCUCUGCACUAAAUUCCUGUUUGCUGACGGUGCUGUGAUACAGUUUGAUUCAAGAGCGCAUGUGAGCUCAUCACUGCUGUUUCUCAGGAAAUCUGCCAACAGCAGCCACCGUCUGUGCAGGAUCUUCUCUGAUUCCUGUCGGAUAGCCGUUUAGUUAUUCUCAGACUUGUAUCUUUGAAUCUUCUAGUCAAAAAUUGUGACAGUGUUGUCUUUCAAUGUUGCGUUAAAGCAGCGGGUUGGGGCAGAGCGAAGCCUUUAAAAUUAAAUAUGUGCCUCCGUUUGCAAAUGACCCCAGACUCCAAAAACUAAAAAAACUGCCUGUUUUAGACAGUCUUUGCUGGACCUUAGUUUUCAGCCAUGCAGGAGUCAGCAUGUAAAUGCUGGUCUUCAAACCUGUGAACCUUUCAACUGCUGAGAUUGCCUGACGUGCAUGUAAAGAUGGAAUCCAUAUAUAGAUAUAUAGAUAGAUAUAUAAAGAAAAAAUAAAUAUUUAUAAUGGCUGAAAUAAUAA